UUAUUCGCACGUGAAAGCCAUGUGACUUUUGGGAUUCGGCACAAGAACAACAAAUCAAUGAAUUUAUCAUUUUCAAGGAACUUUUGAUCAUGAAGAUUACUGAAGUCACUGCUCGGGAUAUCCGCUUCCCCACCUCCCUAGAAUUACAUGGAUCCGAUGCUGUGCAUAAAAACCCUGACUACUCAGCCAUGUAUGUGACUAUUAAAACAGACAGUCCAGGUGGUAGAGAAGGCUAUGGCUUGACAUUCACUAUUGGACGAGGGAAUGAAAUAGUUAUGGGUGCUGCCCAAGCCUAUGGUAAGAUGCUUGUCGGCAUGUCAGUGGAAGACAUCUUCAAUGACUUUGGCUCCAUAUGGCGGCAGCUUGCUCAUGAAGAGCAGUUAAGAUGGCUUGGGCCAGAGAAAGGAGUCAUCCAUUUGGCACUUGCAGCAAUAAUAAAUGCACUUUGGGAUUUAUGGGCAAGGAUAGAAGAAAAGCCUGUAUGGAGACUUUUGUCAGAUAUGUCUCCAGAGAAAUUAGUCUCCACAGUGGACUUCAGCUAUUUGUCCGAUGCAUUGACCAAGGAGGAAGCAUUAGAAAUUCUUAAAAAGAAUGCUCCAACAAAAGAAGAAAGAAUCAAAAAGCUCUUCUUAGAGGGGUACCCAGCAUACACCACUUCAGCAGGCUGGCUUGGUUACACAGACAAGCAAAUAGAAGAUCUCUGUAACAAGUAUCUAAGUGCUGGCUGGACAAGGUUUAAAAUGAAGGUUGGCAAUGAUCUGGAUGAUGACAGGCGCCGAGCUGCCAUCAUAAGGAAGACUAUUGGCCCAGACAGAUUUUUGGCAAUGGAUUCAAACCAAAGAUGGGAUGUGCCAGAGGCCAUUGAGUACAUGAAGGGGCUGGCAGAAUUCAAACCAGUUUGGAUUGAGGAACCUACUUCUCCUGAUGAUGUCCUAGGCCAUGCUGCUAUUUCAAAAGCGCUUGCCCCAUAUGGGAUAAGCGUAGCCACAGGGGAGCACUGUCAGAACCGCGUGAUCUUCAAGCAAUUCAUGCAAGCUCAAGGCUUCCAAUACUGUCAGAUUGACAGCUGUAGAGUCGGGGGGCUUAACGAGAUUAUUGCGAUUCUUCUGAUGGCAGCCAAAUUUGGAGUCCCUGUGUGCCCCCAUGCUGGGGGAGUCGGUCUCUGCGAAUAUGUGCAGCACAUCUCCAUGUUUGACUAUAUAUGUGUGUCUGCAUCACUGGAGAACAGGGUGACCGAGUUCGCAGACCAUCUCCACGAGCACUUUGUCCAUCCAGUAGUCGCCACAAAUGGUAGUUACAAGGUACCCAUGGCCCCUGGGUACAGCGCGGAGAUGAAGUCCCAGUCCCUUGAAGAGUACGAGUUCCCGGAUGGAGCCGUGUGGCGACGGUUGAUUAGUGAGGGAAGGUUCAAGGUGUAAAUGGCUUCCACCGCAACCCUUAGGCCCCUGUUAUUUGUGGCAUUCACGGGUAAUAACAGACUCGUACCCAGUCCUUAGCUGAGAGAAAAGGGGAGGCGGACUGGGAUGGCGGAACAAAAGACGUAUCGAUGUCUGGUGUGAGACUGGUAGCAACACAAGAAACUUAUUACAAUUUAUAAUGAUUUACAAUAUACAGUCUACAUUAGUUUGGGUGACACAGUAAUCAUGGCUCCCAUGUUGUCACUAGUAAAAAAUGACAAGCAAAAUGUACUAGGGAAUAAUUUCAUGAAAUGGAAUGGAUAUCUGAUUUCUUUAGAAGUUAUCAAAAAAACUUUUUCGAAGUUUCGAACCUAUCAGGGAUUAUUAACAUUUUUUUAACUAAAUUGGUAAAUAAGACAAGAUUUUAUUUUGAGGUGGUAAUUUUUCACAUGAUUCUCGUCUUCCAAUAUUGAAAGACGAAUAAUAAGUCAGUAUUCAAAGAACGCCCAUUUAAAACCGUUAGGACACAAACUAGCCAUUCCUCUUGCUCGACCGAUAUUUAGAAGAAAAAAACAUCUGAGACAUCUUGCAGGCCCGAUCUUGAUUAGGGAGGGGUCAUUAUUUAACGGGGGAAGGGCUGCUAUGUUUGGGGGAAGGGUCAUUAUUUAACGGGGGAAGGGCUGCUAUGUUUGGGGGAAGGGUCAUUAUUUAACGGGGGAAGGGCUGCUAUGUUUGGGGGAAGGGCUGCUAUGUUUGGGGGAAGGGCUGCUAUGUUUGGGGGAAGGGUUGCUAUUUUUUGAGCAUCGAUACGGGCUUUAGGGGAGUGCUUUAUUUGUUGAACAGGUAUUCUGGUCAAUUUCCGAGCCUCCUAAAAGUCUUGAAUUUCAUUUUUAUUUUUUAAUUUGGGAGAGCCCCAGACCCCCUACAAAAUAGACAAAUUAAUGUGAUGCGCCUUCUGUUUGCAUUUUCAUGACUUUCGUGAAUGAAUGAAUUUACGAAUUUCGAUUCAUGUCAAGCCCCCCCCCCCCCCCCCUUACUAAUUUUUUAGAUUGGUGGUAUUUGUGGUAUAUAUUUAAAUAAGAUUUCAGUUGGGAAGGAGCUAAUGUAACAAUAAUUAGCAUUUAAUAAAUUUGAAAAUAGCAAAAUUUUCAGGGGGAAGCAUGGCCCCGGACCCCCUAUACAAUAUUACAAUAUUAUUUACACUUUAUGGGCAUGCCCCCCCCACACACACACACACAAUAAUUCUAGUUCUUUUUUAUUUGUUCUGGGGGAGGACCUUAAUUUUUGGUCGCCUUUUUUGGGGGAGGGUCGCCAUUUUUGUGCGUUAGAUUAGGGAAGGGUCGCAUUUUUUAAACCAGAAAAUAAUUCAAUUUAGCAGCCCUCCCCCCCCCCACCCCCCGAUAAAUAAUGACCUUUCCCUUGUCACUCCUUCACGUAACAAUUGCCUGUAAGAGGGUCCUAGGCUCGAUCAGUAUUCAAAGAACAUCCAUCUAAAACCAUUAAGACAAAAGUUAAAGGUUGUUAUUGAACUAAUUUUUUCCUAUGCAUGCAUGUUGUUCCGCAUAGUUUUUAUGAGCACAUUUUUGUACCACUUGUUUUGCUUGAUUUGGCAAACCUACGGAGUUUCCAAACUGCGCACGCGAUACAUAGAGAUAUUUGACUUUAGUGACGUCAUCUCGGAAAUGACAUACGAAUGAUGCCUGUGCAUUCAUGAGAAAAAUGGGAUGAUGGCUUAAAGCCGCAUUGUCACCAGUUUACUUCCGGUCGAUUACGCAGCAAUCUCCGAUUAUUUUUAACGGAAAACGCGAAAAAUAUUUCAAAAUAUUGAAAGCAGUGUGUCUAUUGGAAGUUUCUUCGAAGAUGUGAUCGAUAAUUUAGAGCAGAUGGCCUGUUAAAUAUCUCGGAUUCUAAUAGAUUAUUUUGUCUUUUAACGGUUGAGGUUUCCGUCGGACCUCCGAACCUUUUAACAUUCUGUAACAGACAAUAAUUGAUUAUGGGUUUCAAUUGUGGGUUUCGCUAUGGUUAUCGCCUAUGUCAGCCGCCAUUUUGUCAUCCUAGCAAAGUACAAACUGUGCAAAAGCAUCCGUUUCCAUCGGCUGAUUUUCGAAAGCCAGUGCGAUAUUUUCGAUUGAAUUUGGCAAAAAAAUAUUAAACUUUGUUUUUAGAUGGUUAUUUCGAAAUUUUAACACGUGUGCCUUGCCAUAUGUGACAAGGGCAUUAAGCACUGUGUAAACGGUGGCCGAAAAUACCCCCCACCCCCCCCCCCCCCCCCGGCCAAAGUAGUUUCAGGUUAAUUUUGGCACCUUUUCUACCUUGUACCUUUUUGCCUUUAGUACACUUCUCAACUGGAUGAUAAUCACAAGGCAGCGAUAUUAACCCUUUUAACUUAAUCCUUUGUACAAUUCAUGCACAUUUGGUUUGGUUUAUGCGGAAAAUACCGAUGAGGGAAGAUCGUUAGUACAUAAACGCAUCUAUUUAAGGAGUAUACGGCUUUCACACGUGAAACAUUAAUUAACCUGUCAUAUGUGAUAAAUGUGGCUACUAUCAGGCAUACUCGAAACAUGUUUAAACGGACCAAAGGAUAUUUAUGGCGGGCGAGGAAAAAUAUUUGCUCUAGAUUAUUUUGCAGUGUUUCUUUAGUUUUUAAGGGUUUAAGUUUUGCUUUCGUCUCUUAGUUUUUCCGAUGGGCGACAUUUUUUCUUCAACUGUCUGCUCGACACCCAAAAAGCGCUGCGAGGAGAUGUAUAGUACUUGCAGAACUUUCUAAGGGUCUUAUUAUAUCGUGGAAUUACAGGAACGUUAUAAUGAUAAGGCGGGUUUGUGGUAUUAUAAUUUGGCCAAAUACAUAUGAAUUGUUGCUAUUGUUUAUUAACAGCUGUUUAAAAACAUCUAAUUUGCCAGCUUGAAAUAAAAUAUAUUGUGUAAUCCAAAA